AUGCCCCUCGUCGUCCCCGGCAUUAACUCGAAAGACUCGUCAUCCACAGACUCGUGGAUGUCGAAGCUGGUGGGCAAACAACUCUCAGACAAGACCAACGAGACGAGUUUCGCGAAGAAGGAUCUGCCGCAGAACCACCGUGUCGUCGAGGAAGGCGGGUUUUUGACCAUGGACCACAACCCUGAUAGACUCAACGUCCACGUUGACAAGGACGGGACAGUGAAGAAGGUCACUCAUGGAUAA